GGCGCUGACGCUCGGGUCUCUGGGAGACCGUCGUCCACAGCCUACUGGCUCGACCCCGGAGACCCCAAUGUGCUCCGUGUCUCCCGUGCCACACGGCCUGGGCCCUGGGACCCGAGCCACGUGAGGCCCGGACGCUGGCCCGCCCAGGCCCCCGACACGGAGAGCCUGCUGGGCCCAUAGAGCGGAGAAAGCCAAGGGUUUGCUUCCAAGGGGGAGAGAGCGCGGCGAGGAAACCCUGGUCCCGCUCCCUGGGAGCUGGCCUGCCCAGACCCUGGCCCCUCGGAGGCCCCCGACCCCGCAGCCCACGCCCCCCAGCCUGGACUCGGGUCUGCCUCCGCUGAGCUCACCAAGUCCGCAGAGAACUCCCGGGUCUCUGUCCCCGUCUCCCCCUGGAGUGCCCCGCCGGUCAGGCUACUUCUCUGGGUGGCGGUGGAGUCCCCGGCCGUGUGGACGAUGGGAGAGCGAAUUUGGGAAGCGGGAGUCUGGUGGGAACUCGAGCUUCCCCUGCAGCACCCACUACAGUGGAGCAGCUGAAAGGAGCCGGACUGAGGCCACCACGCCUGUGCCAGCAAGGGGCCUGUGCCAGCACGCCGGUGUCUGCACGGCGACCCUCAGACAGGGGAGGUGAGAGGAGGGCUUUCAGGGGGCGGGGGUCCUCGGUCCCUUCCUCUGGACGACACCAUUCUUAACGCUGAUCCUGCCGCCUGCCUAGGGACAGUGGGUCUACAGGGCGGACGUGUCCUAAACGCAUGCGAUCGUCGGAAACGAACUUGGGCUGUUUUGGUCUAGGUGUGGUGUGCCCUGGGACACAUGGCUGAGGCAGGGGCAGGACAGCCCCUGGAGGCUGAGCAGGGGACAGAGUAUGACACCCUGCCUUCUGACACCGUGUCCCUCAGCGACUCAGACUCUGACUUCAGCUUGCCUGGCAGUGCUGAGAUGGCGGCUGUGUCCCCGGGGGUGCUGCCCUGGGAGGCCCAGGGGGACUCAGACCCCGAUGAGCCCGCUUUGCCUCUCAGGGGCCGCCCCUCGGCCUCGGCCUCGGCGCAGCCGUUCCACCUGAGGGACACGAGCUCCACCUUCUCCCGGCGCAGCCACAGCAUCUUCGACUGUCUGGAGGGGGCAGCCAGGCAGCUACUGCCCGGUGACAGUGGGGACUCCACACGGCCACUGGCACCCUCAAGCCAGCCUGCGGCGGAGGGCCCAGGCAGGGCCGGCCAGAGCCCUGCCCUCCCGAAGCGGCCCCCCAUCCCUGACUAUGUGGCCCACCCCGAGCGCUGGACCAAGUACAGCCUGGAAAACGUGGCCGAGGCCAGCGAGCAGAGCAAUCGGGCCGCCGCGCUGGCCUUCCUGGGCUCGAAGAGCCUGGCCGUCCCCGGUGACUACACGCCCUCUUUCAACCAGGACCCCUCCAGCUGCGGGGAGGGGAGAGUCGUCUUCACCAAACCGGCCCGGGCGGGCGAAGCCAGACCUGAGAGGAAGAGGGCCUUGAGGAAGGCAGGAGAGCCAGGCGGGGCUGCCCCUGGGAACCUGGGAGCGGCAGGGGGCGAGGGUCCGGUGGAGCUGGCCCACCUGGCGGGGCCUGGGAGCCCCGAGGCUGAGGAGCAGAGCAGCGCCCCCGGGGGCCUUCAGGACGUGGGCUUGCGCCCGGGGGCUGCCCCCGCUGGGUCAGAAGCCGGGCCUCCAGCGGUGGAGACUGUUGGCUUCCAUGGCAGCAGGAAGCGGAGCAGAGACCAUUUCCGGAACAAGAACAGACCCGAGGCCCCGGGUGCUGAGGUCUGAGAGAAGAGCCUGUUCGGCUGAUGUUCCCUGACCAGGCUGGCGGAGGGGGGCGGCCGGGGUCACUGCCCGCCUUCGGAAGGGAGCCUGCAGGCUGCUAGUAGGAGGGACCAGCGUCCUGGGGCGGGGGGCGGGGGGCAGGCUCAGGGGAGUGGUCCCUGAAGCAGACAGCUUUGCCUGCGGAUGGCAAAAGCCCUGCCCACCUUGUGGGGCAACAGUAAAGGUCAUGGGUAUUCCUCA